AGAGCCACAUAUUCACAAAUAUAGUUCACAUGGCUAUUCUGACCUUCUACUUCUUAGCCUUCUCUUUCCUCUGCAAUCUCUCAACUCUUCCUUUGCUCACAAAUGCUGUCUCCAACUGCGGCGGAAGCUGCACCACCCUCAACGACUGCGCCGGCCAGCUCAUUUGCAUCAACGGCAAAUGCAACGAUGAUCCUGACGUGGGCACGCUCAUCUGCCGAGGUGGCGGCGGCGGCGGCGGAAGCUGCCAGGCUUCCGGCAAUUUAACCUGCAACGGUAAAUCCUAUCCUCAGUAUCGUUGCUCCCCGACAGUCACGUCCUCCACGCAAGCCAUCCUCAACCUCAACGACUUCAGCGAAGGCGGCGACGGCGGAGCACCGUCCGAAUGUGAUGAGCAGUACCAUAGCAACUCGGAGCGCGUGGUGGCGCUAUCGACGGGGUGGUACAACAACGGGUCACGGUGCGGGAAGAUGAUAAAGAUCACGGCCAGGAACGGGAAGAGCACGACGGCGAAAGUGGUGGAUGAGUGUGACUCGGUGAAUGGGUGUGACAGCGAGCAUUCGGGACAGCCACCGUGCGGGUAUAACAUCGUGAAUGGGUCGCAGGCGGUGUGGAAUGCGUUGGGGCUUGAUUCGUCGGUGGGUGAAGUAGAGGUCACCUGGUCUUUUUUACCUGAUGAGCAUCAGCUGGUCUGUACCGUGAGCUACUCGUAAGAAAAAUUAAAUAAUAGAAGCAAGAUAAACAACCGCAGUAUGUAGCUGGCUGCUUGCUUUGCUUUGAAUUUCUCUGGUCUGGAAAUUAAUCUCACAAAGCAGGAAAGUAAUCCCUACUUGAACACGACGAGCAUCCCUGUAAUACUUCUAUAAUGAAACUUCAAUGUUCCCUCCUUCUCUCUCUCUCUCUCGCAGAGGAAGAUAUUGCGAAUUUCGUGGAAAUAGAAUCUCUAUGUUCUUUAAUUUGAUAUUUUUAGCCGUUGUGAUGUUCUUGGAGUUAGUCACAAGAUCACAUUCUCGAAGCGAUAGCCGAUAGCAAUUG